AUGACCCCAUAUGCUCUAACUUAUGGUCAUGAUGCAAUUCUGCCUAUGGAAAUAUCAGUCCAAUCUCUUAGAAUUGCUCACCAGCACAAUCUGACUGGAGAAGACAACUCUCAAGCCAUGCUGCUAGAACUUGAAGGAUUGGAUACAAGUAGAAUUGACACCCUCAACAAACUCUUAGCAGGAAAACAGGCUGUGUCAAGGGCCUACAACAAAAGAGUUAAAAACAAGAGUUUUGAAGAGGGAGAAAUAGUCUACGAAACAGUUCUGCCCCUUGGAACACACAUAGCUGAUUAUGGAAAGUGGUCACCUACAUGGGAAGGUCCUUUCAUAAUUAAGCAAAUCCUUGGAAUGGGGGCAUACAGAUUACAGGAUCGAGAUGGAGAUGUUCAUGCUGCACCAAUCAAUGGCAAAUGGUUGAAGAAAUUCUACCCAACCAUGUGGGAUUCACAGGCUAUAUAA